UAAUCCCGAUUCGUAACACCAUUGAAGUCCCUUUCUUUGACGGGUUGGGGGUGAGGGAGAGGGGGAAGAUAUUAAGAAGAAAAAAAACUACAUUUAGUAGAAAACCUUACUUUCUGUACCCCGUAAGUCCCAUCUGCUGUUUUCGGAUCCAAGCCUGUCUGAAAGAGAUUCAAUCAAGAUGAAAAUAAUUGGUGUUGCCGUGUUUGGAGCCGUGUUCUGCACUGUUCUGACUGCAUCCCUGAAAGUCAAAGAAGAACACAAGAUUGCUUUUUUCGGCGAGGAUGUGCACAUCCCACUCCCAUCCCUAGUCAGCACUGAGGUUCUGUUCAAGCCCGCCUCCAACCGCACUGCCGAGGUGGUCCUGAUGAGGGACGGGCGGGUGGUGGGCCAACGGGCCCAGCUCAACUCCCUCAAGCACCUCAUCCUGGAGGAUGUGGGGGAGGAGCAAGAGGGCAUGUACGUGAUCAAGAACACUGAGGUGCCUGCCGAUGUCAAACACAUCAUCCUCAUCGUCAGAGAUUGCGCGCUGGAGCAGGUGGUCAAGUACGGUGAGACAUACCACAUCCCACUCGGUGACAUCUUGGGCCCUAUCACCCUGGAGUUCAGGUCCAGUCAAGCCCAUGCCAAUCAGACCACGGAGCCACCGGCAGUGGUAUUGCUCAACCAGACUUCCAUCCCCCCAGAGGAGUACAAGGGUCGUCUGAGUGUGUCCGAGAAAAGGGUGACUCUAAGCAUGGUGCGGGGGACAGACGAGGGAAGCUUCACCGUACUGGACCGCGAUGGGAAAGUCAGGAGGAGGUCAUGCCUGAACGUGAAAGAGCACCAGAACUUCGUCCACCUAUCAUAUGGCAGUACUUUGAAGAUCAACCUGUUUGUGGACCACACCAAAGUCAACCUCAUGUACACUCCAGACUGGGACCGGAAGGACCGGGUCAUACUAGAGCAAGGAGAGCUAGUGGUGCCAUUGGACCCAUCACUGGACGGCAGGCUGACUGUAGAAGGCUCCAUGUGCAUUCUGGAGAGGGUCCGGGUUAGUGACAUGGGGCUCUUCAGAGUGACAGACCUGUUGGGGUUCCCUGUGACCAACAUCUACCUGGAGGUGGAAGCCUAUAAGUUACCCACGCUGUAUGUUGCAAUCCUCUCCUUACUGGGCUUCCUGGUCCUCCUCUUGCUGGUGUGUCUGCUCUCCUGCCUGAUAAAUGUGCGCCGUCGGGCGGAGAAGGCGCGGCAUAUUGCCCUCAUCGCCCAGCAGGCGGGCAAGGGGGAUGGAGACGCAUUCGUCAAGGUUGUUCAAGAGGCCUAUACACGGUUCGCUGAGGAAUCCACUUUGGCGUCUACGUGGGACAACAGCAAUGCUACAGAAAGCACGGAGGUCACCAUUAAGGGUCUGGAGGUAUCCAAAGCAGGCCGCUACCACACUCUCUCCUCGGACAAGAACUUUCUGGAGAUGAGCGACUCGGGGGUAGAGUUCAACUCCUCCGGCCUCCCGUUAGACAGCGAAUACGAGACGGAUCGUGCCCAGACCUUCACCUCCCACAAGCUGCUCUCCUCAAACAACUCUGACAGCGUGGCCGCCACCAUCAUCCCCGAGGGAGACCAGAGUGCCAACCGCGACCCCCGACUCGGCCAUGAGCCCAGCUACGUGACCCAGGCCCCCGCCCAGGUCCUGAGGCCGACGCCCUGA